AUGCGAGCAGCAGCGCGCCAAGCCUCGCGCCUGAUCAGCGAGCAGACUCGCGCCGAGUCAUGUGGGGACGAGGACGAUGCCGAGCACGACCAAGACGCCCUGUCUAACGGCAGCGACGACGAGCACGAUGACCCUGGCUACGACUUACUGGCCGACAGUGACUUUUCACACGACGAUAGCAGCGGCGACGACGACGACGACGACGACGACGACGACGACGACUAUAAUGAUACCGGAUCCCCUCACCUGAGAGACGAUCAACAAGCCCCCUCAUCUUUCCUACGCAGAAGCAACACUCCACGAGUCGACCCAGUCAGAGCCCCCAUCAGACUGCCGCUUAGAGUCGCGCCAGCAAAUUACAACUCUCUGGGCCACAAGAACAAAUCUGCCUUUAGAAGGCCUCCAAUCAGAGACGCGAUCAUGUCAGUGCGACAGAACAAUGGCAUCCCUCGUCAGAACAUGCGCGACGCCAUAGUACAGCAAUGGGACCCGUCACAACGUCCGAAUGGCCAGCCACAUCCACAGUAUCCCACAGGAGCACCACCGACGCCGCCAUUGAACGACAGCGAAGAGGAACACGCCGAAAGACAGAGGACUUUGCGCGACAAGAUCAUGCAGCAAGUUGAAGAGAAUGGCAUUGAGCGUCCCCGGGGCUAUACCGUCUCAUAUCAUUACAACCGCCGUGUCGAGAACAUGCACUUUGGUCGCACCCAUCCCAUGAAGCCAUGGCGCUUGACUUUGACCAAACAUCUCGUCAUGGGCUAUGGUCUGCAGUUCGCCAUGGACAACUACGACGCGCUUCCCGCAAGCAAAGAGACUGUCGCUGCUUUCCACGACCAAGACUACGUCGACUUUCUCUCAAGAGUCUCGCCUCAGACUUUCAACGAGCUCUCCCUCAUCUACGAGGACAGGACCCCGCCGAGUUACCCUGGAGACCUAGUAAAGCUGGGCCCUUUCAACCUGUCUCCGUCACCAGGUGCUGAUUGUCCUGUCUUUGACGGAAUGCAAGAAUACCUCUUUUUAUAUACCGGCGCCACCAUGGAAGCCGUGUCGGCCUUGACAAACAAUCAAUCUGAUAUCGCUAUCAACUGGUCUGGUGGUCUUCAUCACGCACACAAGUCCGAAGCCUCAGGUUUCUGUUAUAUCAAUGACAUUGUCCUGGUCAUGACACUCUCCUUCCAUCGCUAUGGUAUAAUCGAUGAGGAUUCUAAGGAAAAGCAUCUAUUCUUCCCGGGCACUGGCGCGCUGAACAGCAACGGAAACGAGAACAGCAUUGGCAACCAUUUUGCUUUGAACGUUCCCAUCCCUAAGGGUAUCGACGAUGAUCAGUUUUUACAUCUCUUCGAAUCUAUCACUAGUCGUACACUCGAGCAUUUCCGCCCUCAAGCCAUCGUCCUGCAAUGCGGUGCUGACUCACUUGGUGGUGACCGUCUUGGUCAAUUUAAUCUCAACAUUCGCGCUCACGGCGAGUGCUUGGCCUUUGUCAAGAAAGCUGGCGUGCCUCUUCUUAUUCUUGGUGGAGGCGGUUACACGGCGCGUAACGUCGCUCGCGCCUGGACUCACGAAACCGCACUUGCAGUUGGCGCAACUCUCAACGAAGAACUACCAAUGCAUAUUGUUCCGCGCCCCCAAGCUUUUAUGGGCAAGGAACAUGGUGACGGCAGACUAUACCCUGAACUCGCGGGUUUCCACAAGAACAAUGUCACGCAGAAGGAGUUGGAUUUGCUGGUCGAACACUGUCAUGAAGAGUUAAGAUACAUCAAACACGCACCCAGUGUUGUCAUGGAAAGUCUUCCUAGUAGAGCUCAAAUGGAUGCCGCAAGAAGACAGGUCGACGACGAGAUGGAAGCAGAUCGCGCAGCCGAGAGCAGCAGAGGAGAGCGCGAGAGACGCAGACGCGAAAGAGGCACAGGUAUACGCGGAGAACUUCGAUAG